CGACGAGGGCUCCUCUCGAGGCAGGGCCUUUCAGAUGAGCCUGUGAAGGAGUCAGAAAGGAUGGUUGUGUCUGAGAUCAACAGACUGCAGAAGCAGUUUCGGAUAGCAGCGGAGAAGAGGAAGUCUUAUAGUGUCAACCUGAGACAGCAAAUACAGGCUCAGGAAAAAGAAAUAGAGUCUCUGACUCGAGAGCAGAGAGAGGUGUUACUAACCAUAGGCCAGAUCAUGUCUCCGAGAAACAAGAUGCUGGAUGACAGAAAUUGUAGAGAAGCCCGAUACCUUUUGCGGACCAGAUAUCAGUAUGAUUGUCUGAUUAAUGAAAGAAAAGCAUUGUUAACUGUCCUGGACAACCAAAUACAAGAGCUGGAAAUAAAGGUUGUGAAGCAGAACCUGAUAGCAACGAAGGUGAAGCAAGCAAACUGUAGCAAACGGCUGCAGAAGCGGAUUGACACACUGGAGAUGCGUCUAUACAACGCCAGUGUCCAUUUCAAUACCAUCCUGGCCAAAAAUAAGAAGCUUCGAGAAGAGAUUGAAAGCCUGCAAAUCCAGAAAGCUGUUUUGGAUAACUUCUACUUCAAGCUCCAUACAAAGCUGGAUCAGCAGAAGAGAAGGAUGAACUCUGCUGUUGAGCAAACCACACAAGCCUACGAGCAGCGAUCAGAGGCCCGGGCAAGGAUUGCAGCCAUGAGCGAAAGGCACAGCAAAGACACUGCCCAGUACCACAUCGAGAUGCAGGAGCAGGAGCGUAUCCUUGCACGGGAGACCAAACUGAAAGCCUUCAUACUUGCCAAAUUCACUGAUCGCUCUGAACUGGAGGAACAGGCCAAAAAGGAAAGAGAAUUGAAAGCAGCCCAGAGGGCCAAGAAGAGCCAAGGGGAGUGCUUUGAGACCCGGGAGGUGGCUUACAAACGCCUGCUGGAGCUGGCAGAGGAUGGGAAUGUCGACCAGCUGCUGAAUAGCUUCAUUGAGAAGGAGCAGAAGAGCUUUGCCUGCUUCCUCUAUGCCUCUGAGCUCAAUGAUGAUAUGGAGAAGAUGCAGCGGAAGAUCAGGGAACUCCAGAUUGAAAUUGCAUCCCUCGUGAAGGGUCAGAAGUAUGCAGAGACCAACAAGUUUCAUCUCCUGAAGAAGCUGGAGAGAAAUCUAACGGAAACCACUGAGGAAGCCAACCAAUACGAAGACCUGUGCAAAGAGAGAAGCAAAAUCCUGGGCCAGCUCAAAUCCAGCUUGGAAGUCCUGCUCAAAGAAAUCGGCUGUGACGCUACGGACAUAAUGAAGCAGCUUGGAGAAAAAGGGGAGAUCACGGAUCUGAACCUGAUGCAGUAUUUUGGUCUCAUGGAGAAGAAGACCAACGAGCUCCUGCUGCUGGAGUCCAUCCUGCGCUAUACACUGACUGAAGGCUCUUCUCUGGACCUGCCCUUCACCAACCCCCUGCUGGGAGGCUCCGAGCUCCUCCGGGCAAUAAACUGGUCCCAGGUCUGCCCACCCCCUCCCAGCUCGGACAGCACCAAUGACACCAUCGAUGCCUUGGAGGUGCCUCUGGACCAUGAUCAGCUUUGCCAGAUGGUUCUCCAGAACCAGAAGAAGGAUUGGGACAACGCUGCCAGCACGGAUGAGAAUGCACCAGGGAUGGAAUAA